AUGGCCCGCGGUGAGCUCAUGCCCAUCGUGGAUGCUGCUUCACAAGGAUCCGCCCACUUAAUGCUGGAGAAGGGGCUGCCGCUAAGCCGCAGGCUGCCUCCCAACAAGGAGGACCAGAUAUUCAUGCCUGCAUGGCUGCGCACCGUUGUCAUCGUCAUCUUCAACUUCGGGACCAGCAUCCUCCUAGUGAAUUCGGUAAAGUAUUUAUACACAUUUUCCGGCUUUGAGUUCCCGCUCUUCAUUGCAAGCAUGCACAUGGUGUUCUCUUGGGCCCUAACAGCAUUUAUCGUCCACUGCAGCGAGGACAGUGGCGACAAAGUGCUGAUGCCUUCGGACGAGCGGCUUAGAAAGGUUUUGCCCUUCACGAUCUUGCAAGCAGCGUCCCUCGCAUCAGCCAACGUGGCGCUCACGCACAUCUACCCGUCGUAUCACGAGAUGAUUCAGUCAACGACGCCUCUUUUCACUCUGGUCAGUAGCAUGAUAUUCGAUGGUCGACGCUACAAUUGCUGGGCUUACUGGGCCAUGCUGCCGGUGUGUGGGGGUGCCGUAAUCAGCAGUUGGAGCGAAGCAAACUUUUCUUUGCUGGGCAGUGCUUUGUCCGCCCUUGCCGUGGCCUUCCGCGCCCUGAAAACAAUUCUGCAGGGCAGACUGCUUUGUGAGCAGAAGGUGGAUUCCAUCACUCUCUGCUACUACAUGGCGCCCUAUAACCUGGCAAUCUUCUCCAUUGCCUCCGCCGCCGUCGAGGGGAUUCAGCCGGUGAGGCAGCUCCUUGGCUUCGACUCCACAUUUGUGGAGCAGGUCUACCUGGCGGGAUCUCUUCUGACCUCCUGUAUCUUGGCCUGCGCCUUCAACGUCGCCAGUUAUCUUAUCAUCAAGCACAUGAGCCCAGUGGGUGCCACUGUCAUUGCAAAUGCGAAGACGCCAGCCACAAUCCUGACAUCUGUGUUCAUCUUUGGCAACUCUGUGGGAGCUUUGCAAAUCCUGGGCUUCGCCGUGACUAUCCUGGGCGUGUGGCUGCACAGCCAGAAGGGUCGCCCCAUCAAGGUCUAA